CCUUGCGGCUUAGGUUUAGAUGUAACAGAAGGUGUCGUGGUUACCAAAGCUGUAUUCAGAAGUCCUCCUUCCACUGACUGGGGUGCUGUAAAAAUUGUUUGUGAGAGAAAAAUAAUUAUGAAAAAAUUUAGAUUGAGAGUUAGGGGAGGGUAUCUUGAAUGCAGCUGUACUGACGAAUCCUCCUUCAAUUGACUGGGUUGCUGUAAAAAUUGUGUGUGGCAUGAAAGU